AGAGAGAGAGAGAGAGAGAGAGAGAGAGAGAGAGCGAGAGACUGCAGACUCUCAAGCGCAGAAGCUGACGGGGCCUUAAAGGAAGCAGAAGUGAAGCAGUAGUGACGAAAAACAGAACCAUGACAGAAGGCAGCUUUGAGAAGGAGUUUUUGGACACGCACAACACGUAUCGCCGGAAACACGGAGCACCGCCGCUGACGCUGAGCAGAGACCUGUGCAAAUCUGCGCAGUCCUGGGCGGAUCACCUGCUGUCCAUCAAAACGCUGAAACACAGCAACACCAAGAACGGGGAGAAUCUGUACUACACCUGGAGCUCCGCCCCCAAGAAACUUACUGGAAAGGAGGCAGUAGACAGCUGGUACAGCGAAAUCAAAGAUUACAGCUUCAGCAAACCGGGAUUCCGAUCAAACACUGGGCACUUCACCCAGGUGGUGUGGAAGAGUACGGAGGAGGUGGGAGUGGGUCUGGCCACCGACGGAAACACUGUGUUUGUGGUGGGCCAGUACAGCCCUGCAGGGAACAUCACCAACCAGGGCUACUUUGAGAAUAACGUCCUGCCCGCGGGAACAUCCACGCAGGAACGUGGGCAAGAUAAGCCGAAGGGCACAGCAGAACCCUACAGGUCCACCUGUGAUUCACUGAGGGAGCUGAAGGUCACUCACGUGGUCCUUAAGGACACUGCCGUGAAAAGUAAGGAAGAAAGCGGUGUGGUCACUCGGCCAGACGGCAGCUUUGAGAAGGAGUUUUUGGACGCGCACAACGCGUAUCGCCGGAAACACAGCGCUCCGCCGCUGACGCUGAGCCGAGACCUGUGCAAAUCUGCGCAGUCCUGGGCGGAUCACCUGCUGUCCGUCAAAACGCUGAAGCACAGCAACACCAACAACGGGGAGAAUCUGUACUACUCCUGGAGCUCCGCCCCCAAGAAACUUACUGGAAAGGAGGCCGUAGAACAGUGGUACAGUGAGAUCAAAGACUACAACUUCAGCAAAUCGGGAUUCCAAUCAAAAACUGGGCACUUCACCCAGGUGGUGUGGAAGAGUUCGGAGGAGGUGGGAGUGGGUCUCGCCACCGACGGAAACACUGUGUUUGUGGUGGGCCAGUACAACCCUGCAGGGAACAUCACAAACCAGGGAUUUUUUGAGAAGAACGUCCUGCCCGCGGGAACAUCUGCACAGGAACGUGGGGAAGAUAAGCCGAAGGGCGCAGCAGAUGUGGAGCUGAAGAAAUUCAGGCAGUCUCUGCUAGAGGCACAGAACACUUAUCGGAAGCAGCAUGGGGCGGAGCCUCUGAAGCUUUGCCCUGCCCUCUCCAAGGAGGCGCAGGAUUGGGCCGCCUACUUGGUGACCAUCAAAACUCUGAAGAACAGCGAUGAGGAACAUGGGCAGAACUUCUGGAACCGUUGGAGUUCCAACACAGCGCCCCCCACAGGUUCGGAAGUGGCCGAGGUCUGGUACAAAGAGAGUGAGAAGUACGACUUCUCCUCUCCUGGGUAUCAGAGUGGAGCAGAUUCCUUCACUCAGAUGGUGUGGAGAUACUCCAGAAAUGUAGGCAUCGGGCUGGCCACCAAUGGCCAGGGCCUGUUCAUUGUUGUGGCCUACUACGACCCCUGUGGGAACAUCCCAAAAAAAGCCUACUACCGUGACAACGUCCUGGCCAAGAAGACAAAAUAGAUGUCAAAUAGAAUGAAGGAAAGAGGGCGGGGUAACAGAUAACUAAGCCAUGUGAUAGGAGUUGCCAUGCCAACAGUAAAUACACUGUAGGAUACAUAUAUUUUUUAAAAUAAUGAGUUACAAUUCUCUCUAUGUGUUAGUUUUUACAAUAAAACAUAAUGGGCAGGAUGUUAAAACUUUUAAUCAUUAUUUUCAAAUUUUUGAAAGCGAAGCUCUUGAUCUGCUUCAGUGGUGUGUGCAUGAGAGAGUGUUUUAGCAAUCCAGCACGUCAAAGUGUUAUGCUGUUGUCAUUGGAGUCUGUCUUGAAUUGAACCUUGAAUGCUCUUAUUUUGAACAAAUUCUUACAGUUUACUUGUCUUACAAAAUAGCCACUAGAUGGCAGCUUGGAGCUUCUGUUAAAUACUUGGAAUGCAUCACUGUAAUUGGAAAAAUAGGUCUCGCUCAGACAGACAGUAUUUCCAUUCAUGAUUAUACUGUUUCAUUGACAAAAUAAAUAAUUGCACGUUUUUACCUCUCUUUCAAUUCGGUAUUUCAUUACCAACAUUUGUGCAUAUAACAAUAUUGCCAAAGUAUUUAACAAUGAAACAAGACAAGCAGAAUUCAUUAGCAAUAGAAGACAACACCAAUAGAAAUAAACAGUCUCUCUCUCUCACACACACAUACACACACACACACACAGAGUAGGGUUCCUCUUUCUGUCAUCCCCACAGGAACAGAAAAGCUUUAUAUCAGCACUAUGAGUCCAGACCGGAUUCACAUGAUCUCACAUUUCUCUGCCGUUGUUGUUCAUCUGAGGGAAUGUUCCAGAAAGAUGUCUGCUUGGUGUCAUUUGUACCUUUUGAAAUAAAUACAAUCAGCUAAAAGGUUAAA